UCCUCAGGGACAGAAGCAACAAAGCUCAAGGGGAAAAAUGAGUGUGUUCAGCACUGAUUUGUUUCAUCCCAUCAACGGCAAGGCAGGAGCAUAGGGAAGUCCCUCUUCCCUCAGCCAAAGGCAGGUCCAGGAUGGAACAUUCCUGCUCGCUCCUGCUGCUCUGUGUUAGUUUUCUGUUUGCGCAAGCUCUGCCACCCAAUGGAACUGAAUUUCCAAAACCAACCACAACAACCAACUCCACCGAAGAGAACAACUUGCACAAGGACCUGCUCACUUCUCUGCUGAUUCUGGGCCUGGUUGUCAUCAUCUUCCUGGUGCUGGUUGGGUAUUUUUUCAGGUUCAGGAGACACAGGAAAGCUGUUGUGACCUCCGGGGACAAAAAGAUGCCGAACGGGAUCUUGGAAGAACAAGAACAGCAACGGGUCAUGUUGCUCAGCAGGUCUCCCUCAGGCCCGAAGAAGUAUUUUCCUAUUCCGGUGGAAAAUCUAGAGGAGGAAAUACGGAUACGCUCGGCAGACGAAGGGAAGCUCUUCCGGGAGGAGUUUAAUUCAUUAACAUCUGGAUAUGUGCAGGGAACAUUUGAAAUGGCAAACAAGGAAGAAAACAGGGAGAAGAACAGAUAUCCCAACAUCCUGCCAUAUGAUCAUUCCAGAGUGAUUUUGACCCAAAUUGAUGGAGUCCCAGCUUCAGACUACAUUAAUGCAUCAUAUAUAGAUGGUUAUAAAGAAAAGAAUAAAUUCAUAGCAGCACAAGGGCCUAAGCAAGAAACAGUCAAUGACUUCUGGAGGAUGAUAUGGGAGCAGAAGUCAGCCAUUAUCGUCAUGUUAACCAACCUGAAAGAAAGAAAAGAGGAAAAAUGUUACCAGUAUUGGCCUGACCAGGGGUGCUGGACUUAUGGAAACAUCCGUGUGUCCGUGGAGGAUUGUAUAGUGCUGGUGGACUACACCAUCCGCAAGUUCUGCGUGCAGUCGCUUCACGAUGGUUGUAAAGCUCCAAGGCUUGUCACACAGCUUCACUUCACCAGCUGGCCAGAUUUUGGGGUGCCUUUCACACCUAUUGGGAUGCUGAAAUUCCUGAAAAAAGUCAAAGCAUUGAAUCCUGCCCAUGCUGGACCAAUUGUGGUUCACUGUAGCGCUGGCGUGGGACGCACGGGCACCUUCAUAGUCAUCGACGCCAUCAUCGACAUGAUGCACGCGGAGCACAAGGUGGAUGUGUUCGAGUUCGUGUCCAGGAUCCGCAACCAGCGGCCACAGAUGGUCCAGACUGACAUGCAAUACUCCUUCAUUUAUCAAGCCUUACUCGAGUACUACCUCUAUGGGGACACAGAGCUCGACGUGUCAUCCCUAGAAAAACACCUCCAGACAUCCCACAAUGCAGCCCCAAACCUGGUCAAAUUGGGGCUGGAGGAAGAAUUCAAAAAGUUAACAAACGUUCGGAUCAUGAAAGAGAACAUGAGAACUGGGAAUCUUCCAGCAAAUAUGAAGAAAGCAAGAGUCAUCCAGAUCAUCCCGUAUGAUUUUAACAGAGUGAUUCUGUCAAUGAAAAGAGGACAAGAAUAUACAGACUACAUCAAUGCUUCCUUCAUAGAUGGCUAUCGCCAGAAGGAUUAUUUCAUUGCCACCCAGGGCCCUCUUCCACACACAGUGGAGGAUUUCUGGAGGAUGGUGUGGGAGUGGAAGUGCCACACCAUCGUGAUGCUCACAGAGGUCCAGGAGAGGGAGCAGGAAAAAUGUUGCCAGUACUGGCCAUCGGAGGGCUCUGUGACUCACGGAGAGAUCACCGUGGAAAUCAAGAAUGACAGCCUGUUAGAUGCCAUCAGUGUGAGGGACUUCCUGGUCACAUACAGUCAGGGUAACCAGGAGAAGCAGAGCAGGCUCGUCCGGCAGUUCCACUUCCAUGGGUGGCCAGAAAUCGGGAUUCCUGCGGAAGGGAAGGGGAUGAUCGACCUCAUUGCAGCCGUGCAAAAGCAGCAGCAGCAAACAGGGAAUCACCCCAUCACUGUGCACUGCAGUGCUGGUGCAGGGAGAACAGGGACCUUCAUAGCACUGAGCAACAUCCUGGAAAGAGUGAAGGCUGAAGGGCUGCUGGAUGUGUUUCAAGCUGUGAAGAGCUUAAGACUGCAAAGGCCACACAUGGUGCAAACACUGGAACAGUAUGAAUUCUGCUACAGAGUGGUACAAGAUUUCAUCGACAUCUUUUCUGAUUAUGCUAAUUUUAAAUGAGAAUUCUGCCUUAUUUUUUAAUUUGUCUGUACAAAAUGUUGUAUAUUCUGUUAAUUUAUUCCAUGUCAUUUUGGUUGUUGAGUUUACUGUAAAUACAAUGUUGUGUUUGCUCUUAAAGUUGCAUUUGCUGUACAGAGUUCUUUCUUAAAUAUAAAUAUCUUCUAAAGGGAAGUAUAAUGUUCCUGUACUGUAUAGAUCUGUAAGAUGGGAUCGAAACCUUUAUUCUAAAUAAGAGUAAAUUCACUCUUGAGGGUCUGUUUCUCGAGUUUUGCCACUUAUAAAUAUUUAUCGAUAAUGUUAUGUCCCAAUUCUUGAAGUUUUUGACAGAUGAUUUAUGGUUCAUACUGAAAAAAAAGCCAGUUGUGGUACCUAUGUUUAAGCAUAUUUUGGCCAUAAAUUUCUCUUCACUAUGGAAAUAGUUAUUUAUUUCUAAAGGCUGUUUUUAAGAGCCUUCAGAUUGAUGGCAGUUUGAUUUUGAGUCUUGCUGUCCAUAAAGUAUAAACACAGAUUUGAAUUUUUGAGUUAAUGUACCUUUCAAAGUAAUUUUGUUCUUUCCUGAAUAUCACACUUUUAAAUCGAUUUAAAAAGACAAUAAUGUGAGUUUACCACUAUUUUGAGAAUAUUUUACAUAUGUGAAGAGUCUAUUUUGCAGCACCUGAACUUGUCCACUCAAAGAGCAAGGCCAGAAAUGGAGUUAAAGCUUUUCUAUUUACAGGAGCAGAAUUUCCCACUUCUUUUAGCAAAGACAAAAGAGAUAAACUCUUAUUGCUUGAUGUGAUUAAGAAUAUUGGUAAGAAUUGGAGAAAACAUUUUACUAACAGUUUAAUGCCAGAAACAUUGUGUUGAAGCAAAAAGUUCUUACCCUCCCAUAUAUGUUAUCAAAAAAGGACUGUUUUGUUUCUCUAAAGGGGGUGUAUGAUUGUGUACAGAGAUAUAUUUUUAAUGGAAGUACUACUGAUAAUAGAAUUGGUGAAAUAACAUUUCAAAGUCUUUAUUAGAGCCCCGAACAGGAGGUUUGGGGGUUAGAAAAUCCAAAAAUCACAGGGCAUCCGAAUGUUGAAUAAUUCAAAAGUGGAUCUUUCCCACUCUUUCCAAGGCACCUAUGACUUAAUGAGCACAAAGGAAGUGAAUCUGUACUUUAAUUACAUAAUUAGUAUGCAAUUCUGUCUUGUCCAGUUGGGCUUUUUUGAUGCAAACAUAAAAAUUAUUUCAAAUAAGCAGCUUCCACUGAGCAUUUCCCUGCUGCUCCUGAACUAUAUUAUCCCAUUUCUGAUAUAAAUCACAUGUACCAGUGCAAGGGAACAGGAAGGUGUCCACACCUCUCCUUCCUUGUCAUGCUGGAUGGAAAAGCUGCAGGUUAGGAAUUCCUAAGCUAUUCCCACGCUGCUUCUUGUCUUCCCAUCGAUGCACUUCUGUAUUUAUUUGUACAGUGAAUUUUGCACUUAAAAAAAAAGAUUGUUGAAAGACUAAAACCUUUGUUGUGAGUCUCUAUGAGAAGAUACACUCAAGCCACAGUGUUGAGUAAUGGAAAUGAGCUCUGAGGAAGUUUCCAUUUACUGCUGCAUGCUGAAAGUCCAUCAAAAUUUACAAAAGCCAUCAAAUAAAUUCAGUGUGGACACAGUGGGGGUUUCAGAAUGAUCGUUUGUAGCACAGGGAGACUGAGAGAGGUUAAAUGAGGACGGAGAAUAAUGCAAAGAAAUUCCCAUUUUCUGAUCCUGAUGUCAGGAUCUUUCCAGGCAUUUAGUUUGGAUAGUAAUUUCUCUGUUGGACAGAUUUUUGGGGUCCCUUGAGUAAAACUUGGAUUGGAAGCUGUCUCAGUGCAGCAGUGAUUUAGUGUGAUGUUGUUGGGGUCUCACAGCCCCCACAGCAACAGGAGCUGCAGCACAACAACCAGUAGUAGGAUGGAGUUAAACUGAAACUUUAAAUACUCAGUGGGUACUCAGAAAUUAGUUGGUAACUGUAUUCAGAUUUCUAGGAGGAGAGAGAAAUACCUAAAAUAUAUUUCAGGAGUCACAGCUAAAGCUCCGUAAUGAGUUUUUCAUCAUUUGGAAAGCUUUGCUUCCCAGUCCUUGUGUCCAGCCUGAUCCCUGGGGAGCUGUGUCCUGGUGGAGAUGAAUUUUCCUUUAAAUUCCCUUACAUUGCAUGGAAUGGCUUUCAAAGGCCAAAUAGCUGGAUUGGAAGUUGUACAUUCUGAUCUGUCUGUGGUUUUGGUCACUGUGUGACUUGACUGUUGAUGUGUUCAGAUUGGUUCCAGUUCACCUCAGCAUUUAAGCUUCACAACAUCUUUAUUCCACAAUCCGUGGGGGUUCCAUGGGUUCCAUGUUCCUGGAGCAAUCCCUUAAGUGCUUUGCUGAAUUGGGCCUUAAUGAAGAAUGCAUAUUGUAAUUACAGUGUUUUUUAGGCUAUUUUUAUGUAUCAGUUUUUUAAACUUUUCAAACAAGCCUGACCACCCACCCAUGUUCAGUAUUUUGAAAUGUUUUCCUUUCCCUCAUCCCAUUUUUCCAUGUAAAGUUAUGGAAACUUUUCUGUAUAACCAAAAUGUAUUUAAUUUGUCAAAUCUUUAUAAUAUAUGGAUGUAUUAUACAGUUUCAGCUCUUAUUAUUUCCUUUUAUUACAUUUCUAAUUUGA